GAGGGGAUAGAACCGGCGGGGAUAGGGACAGAGGGAAUAGAGCCGGCCGGGCUGGAACCGGCCGGGUUGGGGAUAGCGGAAAUGGAGCCGGCUGGGCUGGAACCGGCGGAGACGGAGCCGGCCCGCGAGGCGGAGGAGCCCCCGGGGUCCCCGGCCCUGCCCGCUGAGGCCCCGCAGCGCGGCCCGCCUGCCGCGGCGCUCCCGGGGGAAGGGGCGCUGCCCGGCCGGGAGCGGGAGCGGGAGCGGGAGCGGGAGCGGGAGCGGGAGCGGGAGCGGGAGCGGGAGCGGGGCCGGCGCGGGGCCGCGGCGCAGGGCUCGGCCGGGCGAGCGGCGCGGGGCAGGGCCCGGCGGGCCCCGGGCCGCCGCAGCGGGGCCGAGAGCGUCCGGCGGGCCGGGGUCACGGUGGACAGCUCCAAGGCCAAGACCUCUCUGGAGGCCCUGAAAAUCAGCCUGCGGCAGCUCCGCUGGAAGGAGUUUCCGUUUGGCCGCCGCUUGCCGUGUGACAUCUAUUGGCACGGGGUGUCAUUCCAUGAUAGCAACAUCUUCUCAGGGCAAGUCAACAAGUUUCCAGGCAUGAUGGAGACGGUUCGGAAAAUCACCCUGAGUCGGGCCAUGAGAACAAUGCAAGAUCUGUUUCCUCUGGAAUACAACUUCUACCCUCGGUCCUGGAUUCUGCCAGAAGAACUGCCUCUCUUUAUGGCUGAGGUUCGUAUGAUGAAAGACAGCAAUCCAUCCUGGAAGCCCACUUUUAUUGUAAAGCCUGAUGGAGGCUGCCAGGGGGAUGGAAUCUACCUCAUCAAAGACCCAAGUGACAUCAGGCUGACAGGGAGCAUCCAGAGCCGGCCAGCUGUGGUGCAGGAGUACAUCUGCAAGCCACUGCUCGUGGACAAACUGAAAUUUGACAUUCGUCUCUAUGUCCUGCUGAAAUCCUUAGAACCCUUAGAGAUCUAUAUAGCCAAAGAUGGACUUUCUAGAUUUUGUACAGAGCCCUAUCAAGAACCUACUCUCAAAAAUUUGCACCAGGUUUUUAUGCAUUUAACCAACUAUUCACUAAAUAUCCAUAGUGGGAAUUUCAUCCAUUCUGACAGUGCAAACACUGGCAGCAAGAGGACUUUUUCAAGCAUUCUGUGCAGACUGUCUUCCAGAGGAGCUGAUGUCAAAAAGCUCUGGUCAGAUAUAAUUUCAUUGGUGAUUAAAACAAUUAUUGCACUGACACCAGAACUGAAAGUUUACUAUCAGUCUGACAUACCAGCAGGAAAGCCUGGGCCAACUUGCUUCCAGAUUUUAGGGUUUGACAUUCUCCUGAUGAAAGACUUGAAGCCCAUGUUACUGGAAGUAAAUGCAAACCCCAGCAUGAGAAUAGAACAUGAGCAAGAGCUUUCUCCUGGAGUGUUUGAAAAUGUCCCAAGCCCUGUUGAUGAAAAAGUGAAAGUUGCUGUCAUCAGAGACACUCUGCGGCUGAUGGACCCUCAGAAAAAGAAGAAGAAAGAUACUCAGUGCCCGAGCCCCGAGGAGCCGCCCGCCGCGAGCCCCGAGGCUGCGCUGCCCUCGCUGUUCCUCAAGCAGGUGUUCCCCAAGUACGCCAGGCACUUCAGCUACCUGCGCCUCGUGGACAGGGUGGCCGCCCUCUUCAUCCGCUUCCUCGGCGUCAAAGGGACAACCAAGCUGGGGCCAACGGGGUUCCGCACCUUUAUAAGAAACUGCAAACUGAGUAAUAGCAAUUUUUCAAUGGCUGCUGUAGAUAUCCUAUAUAUUGAUAUCACAAGGAGGUGGAACAGCAUGAGCAUUGACCACAAGGAAUCAAGUAACCCAGGAAUGUGUCUGCAAGCCUUUGUGGAAGCGUUCUUCUGCCUGGCCCAGAAGAAGUACAAGGCGCUGCCGCUGCACAGGCAGGUGCUGUCGCUGCUCGAGCUCUGCGAGUGUCGCCUGGCUGCCCAUGGGAAGCGCCUGGUGUGGGGCUGCGGCCUCGCCGAGCCCCGCGGGGCCCCCGCCAGCCCCACGGCCACGGGGUGCUCGGGGUACAGAAACCAUCGCAGCUGAGGGCGUUAAUACCCAGCCAGGUACGUGUCCUGCUGCAGGAGAGACUGGACUGCAAUCCCUUCAUUUCAGUGACAACUACUUCUUCCAGCUCUAUUUUUUAUUUCUGUUUUUCAAAAAGUCUACUGCAACCUCCCUUUUUCAAAUAAUGACUCUGGAAAUGGCUAUUUCUUCACCUCUCUGAGGGUUUUACCGUGCAAAUCCCAUGACAAACUGUGCAUUCAUCCUGAGUGUGUGGAAAAGAAGGACCAGACCACAGGGAAUGAUAACCAGUGUCAUGGGAUUGGCUGCACUGGCUGAGGCACACUCGUGUCAAAGGAAUUACAUUGCUUUGUGUGCACAGGACAUGUCACAGCAACCAAGGAAAGAACUGCAAUCACAAAUACCAGACUGGAGAACUGAAAUCUCAAAUUACGCUUGUGGUCAGGCUUCAGGUCUUGAUUAUCUUCUUUCUAUGGCUUGGACUGUAGGUGUUGAAAUCAAUACAGAUUUGGUCAGUGUCUAUGUACUUAUUUUUUAAAGUCAGUCUUAAAGCACUGAAAUAAUAUUUUGGCUUCUACUUCUUUGUACAUGUCUUUGCCAUGACAAGUACUGUUAGUUUUUUAAAGAACUAAAACUGUUUAUCCUUUUGCUUCCACAGAACCAAUAAGCUCACACUUAUUCACAGAAAAAGAUUUACUUUCUUAAGUCAAAUUGGUGAAUCAAGUGGUGGUUUUGUCUUCAGGGAUUCAGCACUGCUUCUGCAGAAAGCUGUAUACAGUGUAAAGGCCUAAGAGGUCAUCUAAAUUCCAGUGGAACCAACCCUGUCACUGACUUUAGCCUAAACUAACUGUAUUCUAGGUUUGCUCUUUUUUUUGUCUUUUGCAUGUUUGUUACCCUUUUGGAACCUGCAGUAACAUCUGGAGCAGAUCUUCUUUGUGUCUUUGCUCAUAUCCUUCAUUUUUCCCUUAAAUAACAGUGUAACUCUGUACAAAUUAGAUCUAAGGAUGUGUCAAAACUGCUGGGCUGUAGAGCUGGAGUUGUACAGAGGGGUUUUAUUACCCAGGAAAUGAACCAUGACUUCCAUGAUCACACUUCUUGUGGGGGCUAAGCAGAACAUGAGACUGGCUGGAAGGACAGGAAUGACUUGGAACUUCAGGGGUGUUGAGUGAAAUUCUUUAUGGUCUCCCAUUUAUUGCAAUAAUGAAUGGCUGCAUCUAAGCUUGAUUUUCCUCCUUUGUUCUACUCUUUAAUGUUAAUGACUUGGCUUACAUUUUUGUGUCCUCCAUGCUAUUAGAACUGGCACAGCUUUGAGAUGGGCACUGAGCUUUGGGUCGGAUAUCAUUCCCUGAGCUCCAUGUCAAAAUGUUUCAGUGGCUGGUGCCCCGAGACGUGCUGUGUCACUGAGGGGGAGUCCACCUGUUUCAAGUCAGGGACUAAAUGCACACAUGGUGCAUCAAGUGAGUUUUCACUUCAGGGAAUAUUUGUAGUUUUUUUCCUGAUUUCAGUUUUAAGCAGCAUGUGUUUUUCCCAAGUGGCAAUAGCAGCAUGGCAGUACAAUGCAAUGCAGGAGUCAGGCUGAGCCCACACAAAACUAGUCCCCAGCAUGUGUUAAUCUCAGAUGUGGGCAUCCCUUCUCCUUAUCUUUUUCUGUAACACAAAUAAAAUAGUAGUCGAUGAUAUUUUUUAGUUCAACAGCCGGACUUUGAAAUUUUAUGUAUUGUACAUAAGAGGACAGUUGUAGACUCACUAAUGCCACUGCCCUCAGCCUUGUUCAAAUGUCAUAAAGAUUAUUGCAGUAUGAAGAUAAAAUGCAGAACUCCAAAGUCUGGCACCUGUCAGAACAAAUGAAGCUGAAAGGGUCAUUUUUUUCACACUUUCAUUGUAAUAUAUUUGAAGACAUUCACAGGUUGAAAAAUGGUUACUUCUCCUUUUGUGACAUCUGACAUUUGUCUUGCGAUUGGCAGUGUGUUACUGGAAAAUAGCUUACAGUUCCUCUCAUCUCAUGAUUGAUGUCCUGUAAAGACAGAGUUACAGAGGAGUUGGAUUUGAAAUGCUAUGACUGCAAAUGCUUUUCCCUGCACCUUUGAAGUACUACGAUGUGUGGCCUGAAAUAUCCCAGUUUUGCAGUUGUAUAACUUACCCUGGUAUCAGUGGAAUAAAUUAACUAUUGUAUAUUGAACACUGAUAAGAUCUCUCUCUCUAUGGGAGACCUUUAUACUCUCUGGAUCUAAUAGAGGUUUUUAUAGCUCGUGCAUCCACAGGCUGAUGCUGCAUGCUCUAUUCAUCUUCCACUUCAAAUAUGAAAGGUCCCUUGUAGUAUAGUCAAAAUAUUCAAUUAUCUGCCUCUAGUAAUCCACUGUUCAUGUAUUUAUAUAAUUGGAAAAUUGAAUGCUAUAUUAUUCUCGGGGGGUGGGAGGGAAUAAACCAGGAAUGUACUUUAGAGAUUUAAUGGCAGUCACAUUUCUCUUUCCUCCUGUCUAAUUCAAUUUCCUCUGAAUAUUAUUUAGCAUCCAGUUGCAUAGAGCCUUUAAGUUACCAGUCCGUGCCCAUGCAAAUGACCAGAGACACUUUAUCCAGGAUAUGAAUGCUAAUGCACUGAUAAUCUGUUAAUCCUGAGGUACCUCUCUAGCUAAAGAAACUAUACAGGAAAGGCGUUGGAUUUUUAACAGCACUUUUGGAUAUAUUCUCUUCAGAGAAUACCACAGCACUGCACUCAUGAUUCUAUUUAUGACAUAUAUGAUAUGAAUAUUGUAUACCAGUGAAAUCUUCCUUGUUAUCAGACACACUGGGUCUGGUAUUAAUUUCUGAGUAGAAAUCAGAAUAAAACAACAUCUAACAGAAA